AUGAGCCAUGAUAACUUUCCACCUCCGUAUGAGGCAGACCCAAGACAGAGGAGAGCAGGAAGUGUUUUUGACAGAAUCAGCCCUGCCGAACCAAGGCCCAGUCAGCAGCAGGCUCAGCAGCCUUGGACGAGGCCACAGCCUCCACCUCCGAUGCCCCAACAGCCGGAGAGAAGGCAUGAAAAUGCCCCACGUGCUGUCCCGCCUAGAAGUAGGCCGCAAAGGAGGGAGGAAGAAGCUAGGAACCGGCUAGGACCCUCUCACCAACAACCUAGGUACGAGGCUGAGGAUUACGAUUCUGAUGAGCAGCAGAGGAACAGGGCAAGCAGGGGCCUCCCACCUCCACAGAGACAGCGAGGUAGGGGGCCGACCUCCCACCUGAUGGACUACCAGAUGAACCGAUCUGGAAAUGAGAACUCUGGCCAAGCCCUGGCCACCACAACUUUGAACGCGGUACCAACCUUGGCGUAUGAGGAUGUCAACCCAACCGCUGACCCACAUCAGAUACAGGCCCAGCAAGGACCCCGUAGAGGGGGAGGCCGAGGUCGAGGUCGGGGUUUUCCACCUAGAAAUAGGUCCAAUCCGAACCUCCCUGGAUACGGUUUGCACCAUAGGUCCUACAGGCACGACACCGCGGAUUGCAGAGACUAUGGACACUGCUCGCGGCAGGAACCCGCCAGGGAAAGACAUAACUCGCCCCAGGCCAACAGGUCCCCGCCUAGGCAAGACAACCGACAUGGGCGUGAGGCAGCCGCUCCUCGUCAAAGGGAUGUCUCCCCAAGACGAAGAGAGCAAGACACGGAGAGGCCCGGGGAAGGGCGUAGACACCGAAGAAACAGGGAGGCCAAGCACCCCCCUCUGACAAGCUACAUUGUGGAUAUAGCUCUCGAAGAAACCAAGUACCACCCAUUAUCUUCACCCAGGAAGACGCGGAAGGAGUUCAUUACCCCCACUGCGAUGCGCUGGUGGUGA